AUGCACCAAGUCCUUCCUUGCUCCUCACGUCCCAUAUGCUCCAAAAUGCUCCAAAAGACCUAUUUCAAAGGACCAAACAUGCACAUUACAUCAGAUGAGUACAAGGCCGCUUUCAUCAACCACUUCUACAUCAAGCAAAGAUCAGUUUCUGUAAGGAACAAGAUCUCCAACUUCCGCCAAGCCACUAAUGAAUCUUUCCAUGAGGCACUAGACCGAUUCAAGGAGUACAUUAGGGACUGCCUUAAUCAUGGUUUCAAUGAGGGAAACCUAUGGAACAUCUUCUAUCGUGGCAUAGACCACAAGUACAAGCUUUCAUUGGACACUGCAAGCAAUGGAAACUUCAUGACCAAGACAGUUGAUGAAGCUAAGGUUCUUAUUGAGAAUCUUGCAGCUAGUGAUUGUAACAAUUGUCCUGAUUAUGACCGCUCAAGCCGCACCACUACUAGCUCCCCUGAUUCUUUUCAAAUGACUGAACUCAAGAACAUGAUGGCUCAAGUUCUUAAGGGACAGCUCAAGCAUAUAAAUGCAAUAGAAGGGAUGAGUGAUGCAAUGAAGACCCAUCAAGAGAAUGCAUGGGAGAUUUCUCUAAUGAAGCCAAUGAAGAAGAUGUGA